GGAGCGCGCGCUCGACAGGACUCGUAUGGGUAGGGAAAGUCAGAGCAGGGGAUUAGUGGAUCACUUGUUCAACGAGUGAGCAAUCUCUGGUGUGAGAUCACGAUAAUAAUACAGAAAUGUCGGGGGAUAACGAAGACACACAGACGGCCGAGGAGACAUUAAUGGACGAGAAGGAGGUUCAGGAAAAGGUGAUCAGUCCUGAGAAGUCAGAGGAGGCAAAACUGAAGGCCAGAUACCCAAAUUUAGGGAAUAAACCCGGGGGCUCUGACCUGCUCCGCAAACGCCUGCAGAAAGGGCAAAAGUACUUUGACUCUGGCGACUACAACAUGGCCAAAGCCAAGAUAAAGAACAAGCAGUUGCCGACAGCUGCGCCUGAGAAGACCGAGAUCACAGGGGACCACAUCCCCACCCCCCAGGACCUGCCCCAGAGGAAACCUUCUUUGGUGGCCAGUAAACUGGCAGGCUGAUGCACACCAAGCCCCUGCAGCACCUCCCAGCCCUAACCCUCUCCACUCAAGUCUCAGAGCUGUAACUUUACCCCUCCCACCCCUCACAGUACCUGUCCACUGUCCCCCGCCUCUGCCUCCCCCCCUCAGCCUGGACCCCACACCUAGCACCAAGCGGACGGGUUAGCUGAUCCCUUCAAGUCCUGUUUAUUUUAGUUUCCACCCCAUCUGACCCUGCCUCUACUGUCUCCUAUCCUUGUUUUCCCUCCCCACGCCUCCAAACUGACUGCCCUUUUGUCAUGGUCUUCUUACUUUUUCAUGUUCCUUUGUAUUUCCUCAUUACUUCAAUGUAAGAAACACUGAAAGAUGGGAAUUCCAAGUGUGUGUGUGUGUGUGUGUGUGUGUGAUGAGCGAAUAGUGACGCUUCUGUACGACUGAUGGACAACUGAUACCAAGAUGUUUACUGUCUGAAGAGAGGGGCGGGCAGCAGAAGCUGCACCUUGUAUGGUUAGAGGGCUUUAGUAUGGUCAUCAGGAUCCUUCAGUUUGAAAGCUUGUGCGUGUGUAUAUAUAUACAUAUAUAUAUAUAAAUUUCUUUUUGUUUGGCACAGGGGCAGAUGUCAGCCUUUUAGAACAUUUUACAUCAGAUUUGUAUCAUUCACUGUAUGUCCUUAUUCUAAAUUAUGCUGUCCAAAUGCUUGUGAUUUACUGAAUAUAGUAAUCCAAAGGCCAAGCUAAAUUUUGUUAACACUUUGAUUGUGAACCGCGGGAGGAAGCUGCACUAUCGUGUGAUAUGGAGCUGCAUGUGUGACGCAGGGCUCCCCAAAGGCAAACCUCACUGAGCUCAAUUUUAUUUCAUCAAGGUGCACUGAACACAGACAUUUAAACAGACGCUGAAAAGCUCAGGUGCAGCAUAUCAGCACUAGGUGACAUGUAGAUGCUGCAUUCAAGACAUCUUGAAACUUUGAACAACAAAAGAGGAGCUGUUGCUGCAGUUUGAGCAGUAAUGUUGAGAGUUUGCACUGUAUUUGUGGUGUGCCAUCCAUCUCAGCCUCAGAUGAUGAUGAUGCAUUCCUCUCCUCAGGUCAAUGUUUCUACUUACAAGUUGUCAUGAAUGGAACAUUACAUAAGAAGAUGAGGUAGAGGUGAAUGUGGGACCUAAAAAUCAAGAUAUCUGUCAGUAGGGACCAGUCGUUGUGUCCUGUAUGCUGUGUUAGUAGAUUCAAUUUAUGGUAAUAAAAAGAAAUGUACUGGAAGCAGCUCUUGGCACUGGGAUCAUAGUGUUAUAAAUCAUGUAAGACGUGGGAAAAACCUUCUAUACUCAUAAGUUGAAGUAGUUUUAUCUAAAAAAAUGUCUUGGCCCUGUAUAGUGCUUUUCCAGGGCUCUUGCUGACUGGAUGAAGUUUACCUGUGAUGUGGUAAAGCGAAGCUAGCACAACAUCGCCUAAGCUGUGCAUGUAUAUGGCUGCCCUGCUGUCACUUCGUGCCAUUUUGUUUUGUAAAUAAAAUAGUUUUGCACAAA